AUGGAUUCUGCAUCUCAACUUCUGCUGCUUCAUCCGACAUCCGUUAUUCUUCCUUACGGACACAGCUUCGAGAACUUCACACUCAAUCUCUAUGACAUGCUCAGUAUUAAGACAACAGCUCUACAGCCAGUUUCCGCACCUCAUGGCAGCAUGGCCCCUAUUCUCAUUCCCCUGAUGAUAGUUGUCAGCAUCAUCGUCUACUACUGCCAAGAGUGGAUGGAGUUCAACGUCGACAAGGUUCCUUUAGGUCCCACGUCUCUUCCAUUCAUCGGCAAUGUCUUGCAACUCAAAUCAAAAGCACUGCAUCUCUCCCUCACAGACAUGGCUGCAAAAUUCGGCAAUGUCUUCAGCAUGAAGCUGGGCCGUCAGCGCGUGGUAGUCCUCAACGACGCUCAGACCGUCAAGACCGCCUACAACGGUCCCAACUUCACCAAUCGCCCGAGUGUCUUUUCAAUUGAGUUCUUCGUCAGCAAGGGAUUCAUGGCCUGCCAGAAGAAGCACGACUUCCGCAUUCACACCAAGCUGAUGAAGCAUGCCUUCCAGGCGGUCACCUACACCAGCCUGGGCGACAAGCUGGUCGAGGAAGCAAUGGAUCUCAUCAACCAGUUUGACUCCUACAAUGGCGAUGCCUUCAACCCUCGGGAAGACCUCAACCUGGUGUCCCUCAACAUCCUGCACAACAUCGCCUUUGGGAAACGCUACCAGAAGGGAGAUACGGAACUCCACGAGAUCUUCGAUUACUCUUCCCGCAUCAUGAAGGGCGUGUCUCCCGUCCACCCUGUCAACCUGAUCCCUUGGCUUCAGAGGUACCCUAACCCCUGGAUGAAGGACUUGUCAGAUGCCAGGGACAAGAGGGACAACAUGCUGCUCAGGUUCUACGAGGAGCACAAGGAGACUUACGUUGAAGGAGAGAUCCGUGACAUGGUGGAUGCUCUUAUCAAGGUCGAACAAGAUGCAGAAGAGGCAGGGGACAUGGAAACUUUGAGACUUCUAUCACCAUUGCAUAUCAUUACAAACAUCUGGACCAUCUUCUUUGCAGGCACAGACACUAUCCACAAUGCCUUACUCUGGGUGCUUCUCUACAUGGCUGUCUUCCCAGAAGUACAGAGGAAGGUUCAAGAGGAGAUUGAUCGAGUGAUCGGUGACCGAACCCCGUGCCUGGAAGACGAGCAGACACUACCCUAUCUAUGUGCUACUUUCUACGAGACACUUCGCUUCAGUUGUCUGUCCCUUCUUGGUGUUCCCCAUGCUGCUGUAUGUGAUACAACCCUUAAUGGCUACCACAUCCCUGCAGGCACACAAGUAUUGGCUAACUUCUGGGCAAUCAACCACGAUGAAACUACCUGGGACAACCCCUCCGAGUUCCGGCCCGAGCGUUUCCUCAACGACAACGGCCAGCUUCGCAACAUGAAGGACUUCCCCCACUUCAUGCCCUUCUCCACCGGCAGAAGGGCGUGUCUGGGCAAGAACAUCGGCAAGUCAGGGAUCAUUGUCCUCUCAGCCUGUCUGCUCCAGAAACUGAACAUUGCCGUACCUACCGGUGAGGGGGCGAAGCAGCCUACCCUGGAACCGGAGGUCCACUUUGAUUUGGUGCCUAAGCAGUACGAUAUAGUGGUUACACGACGUGACAGCAUGCGCUCGUAAUGAAGAUGCAGAGAGAAAAAUCAAACUUACAUUGCUGAGUGAUUAACUGAUUAUGCUUUCAAUAUUUCAUGACGUAGAGCGUAUUCUUGUAAGAUUGUAAUAUGAUCAUGGAAAUAUCGUAGCGAUAGCUCGUUCAAAUUUCAUAAAUAUGUAUUCAAGUACUGUAUGAGAUAAGCAAACAAAUCAUUUCAUGGCAGUCAGAGGUAUAUCAUUACAAGUACCCCUCCAUUUGCACUCUUCUUGCUUGAUUUGAUUAACACAAAAAAUGCAAGAGCUAACUAUUCGCACAAAAGUUUCUGAAAUGUUGUGCUUCAUGAUGAUAAUCAUCAUAUUAAUCUAUUUAUUGCUUUAUAUAAUGUAAAUGAAAUAUAUGUAUAUCUUGCCUUGCAAUAUAUAUUGUACUACAUGUAUAUACUGUACAAAUGUAUAGCAUGGUUGUAAAUAUCUAAAUAUUCUAUUGGUAUGUUGCAACAUACAUUAUAUUGAACAUGUUGAACAAAAGAAUUCAUUGCUGUAAAGGAAAUGGCUCUGUGAUAGCGUAAUAAUUCAUAAUUUGUUUUUAAAAUUCUGAUAUCUAUACUACGAUGGCUGCAGAUACGUACAAUCAAAUGCACUAAAGAAUAUUUGUUAUUUAAACGCAGCUGAAAUAAAGAAAGCUUAAGAGAAGAUACACACAGAGAGAAGAUACUCCACAAGCUGGGGUCACAUCAUCUUUGGAAGUAUGCUUCUUUGAAAUCUUGCUGCACUGUACAUAGCAUUUGAAUUAUAUUUAAAAUAAUCUUAUCAUCCCUGAGAGAACAAUUCAUUUUUUUUAAAACAUGU